GUCUUCGUCAACGGAGAUUCAUUACAGACAAGAGAGAAAGCGCAACAGCCAAAAGUGGCGAGAGUCUAUUUCAUGGCGUUUUGAAUCUCUGUGAGUCUUACAUAUUAGGUCUUCAGUGUUCUCGACCCUCCCAUGGCUGGACCGUCAUGGUUAGUUGACAGUAAGAGAAUCGCAACGAAAAUCAAGAGCGCAUCGGGUACCUAUGAACAUGAAAGAGUGAAAUGGAAAAGCAACCCAACUAGAGCUUGUCCUAAUUGCCAAUAUGUGAUUGACAACAGCGACGUUGCUCAAGAGUGGCCAGGAUUACCUGGAGGAGUGAAGUUUGAUCCAACUGAUCAAGAGAUUAUAUGGCACUUACUAGCCAAGAAUGGUGAAGAGAAUUUGAAACCCCAUCCUUUUAUCAACGAGUUUAUUCCGACAGUCGAUGAAGAUGAUGGAAUCUGUUAUGUCCAUCCUCGGAAACUACCAGGGGUUAAGCAAGAUGGGAGUGUCUCCCACUUUUUCCAUAGAGCAAUUAAGGCCUAUAAUACUGGGACUCGGAAGCGCCGAAAGAUACAUGAUGAGGAGAGUGAUGUCCGCUGGCAUAAGACUGGUCACACCAAGCCAGUGAUUUUAGCUGGGGUUCAAAGAGGGUGUAAGAAGUUCAUGGUUCUCUACAUGACUGUGGUAAAAGGAGGCAAAGCUCAGAAAACUAAUUGGGCUAUGCAUCAAUAUCACCUAGGAACAGAGGAGGAUGAGAAGCAUGGGGAGUUUGUAAUCUCAAAAAUAUUUUACCAGCAGAACCGAGUCAAGCAAGGUGAUAAAAAUGAUCAAGACAUUGCUGAAAGAAUGGAUGACACUGUUACAAAAGUAUAUCCACUCACUCCUAAGUCGGUGAUGCCUGAUACCCCUCGUGGUGAACGACGGCAUUCUGAAGUUGACCUGGGAGAAGAUACUAUUGGUACUUGUAUCGAUGCCUAUGCACAGAAGUUUGCUGACAUUGAAGGCUUGGAAGACGAUAUUCUACCUGAGGCAGAAAAUGAAAAUCAACUCGAUCAAGCACCUAAUAAUAAUGAGAACAAUGUAAACUGUAAUCAGGAAGAUCCCAAAUGGUGGGAUAGUGAGUCACAAAAUUUGUUGGAUUCUCAACAACUUGUUGAUGGGCUAUCUCUCUGUGAUGAUCUUCUUCAAAGCCAAUCCCCGAACAGGGAUGGCAUUGCACAUGAGAAUGGUCAACCGCUGAAGAGCAAACCUAAGCUUGCUGAUUAUGCUCAGUUAGGACCUGAGGAUUUAAAGAAGGAUUUGGAGGAGUGCCAGAAUCUUGUACUUGAUCCAGCAAACAUUGAACUUGAUACUCCUCCUGAUUUCCGACUCAGCCAGCUUGAGUUUGGAUCACAGGAAAGCUUUGUUGCCUGGGGUGGUAAACUAGGUGACUAGUUAUGGUUUGUGCUUGAGCAUUUUGAAUGUUAAUCCUUUGAUUAAAGGUGGUCAACUUUUUGAGGCUGUGUUUUGCGAAGGCUUUGUUGCCCAUUAAACCGUCUCCGUUUAAACUUAUGACCUUUUGAUAUCAGCAGCUUGAAAUGUUAUUAUCAAAGGCAAAAUUGUUUCCUUUUGUUUGGUAACCUGUCCAUAUUGUAUUGAUAUGCUGAACUAGUAGCAUUUUUCUCCCCAUUUUGCUCCAAGAAACUCAGCCCUCUGUACGCUGUGGGUAUCUUGUGA